UCUGCCAGUUGUUCAAUACACAUAAACGAAUAGUGACUGUCGGUUUUUAUUUUGAAAGUUCUUGGAAUAAACCACUUCCAAGAAUUCUUCUGUACAAUUUUCAUUUUGGUUAUUCCCCUCGAGUUCAAUAUUUACUUCCUGUAGGAUUUUUACCGCAAGAAUACCGUGACAUAAAAGGGUCUUCAAGUAUAUGGUGUUAGUAUGUGCAAGAAUUUCUUUGUGGUGUCCGGCUUUUUCUUUUAGUAAUUAUUUUGUGCCACGAUGUCACGGUUACAUAUUUUGGUGGGAUUCUUAUUUUUUUACCUAUCUCAGUGUAUAUGCCAAGUAACUCUCCCGUAUCAACCUGUCAAAGAUGCGCUCUUCCUCCACAAUGUCGUCAGCAGUAAUCUCACCUUAAGGGACUGCGUUUUUCGAGCCUCCAACGGAAGGGAUGUGUGUCCGGAUCCAGAUGUUCGAUACAUCCUAUACACUAAUGGUCAAAAACAAAUCGUUGAUUAUACUCAAACCGAUUGGUUGCGACAGAGUAUUUGGGAUUCAACAAAAGAAGAUGUGAUGCUGAUCCACGGAUACGCUGGAGGUGAUGAUGAACUACCGAUGAUAGUAUUGAGAGAUGCUUACAACAAAAACGGCAGUUAUAACAUAUGGGUCGUGGAUUGGGGUAGGUUGUCACCUCCCCCGUGUUACAGGGCUGCAGUUAAUAACAUGAAAGCAGUUGCCAAAUGCACUGGCGAUCUCUUGACGUCUCUGAGAACUGCUGGACUUCCAACUGAGAAGGUUACCUGCGUUGGUCAUUCAUUGGGAUCACAUAUAUGUGGCCUGAUAUCCCGUUACGUCAUUUUCCGUAUCCAUCGAAUAAUAGCCUUGGAUCCAGCUAGACCCAUGAUCAUGAAUGGCAAUAGACUGUCAAUAGCUGAUGCGAUGGCAGUCCAUGUGCUACACACGAAUGCUGGCCAUUAUGGUGAAGGAGGAAGAAGUGGUCAUGUGGACUUCUGCAUUAAUGGUGGUAGAGCACAACCAUAUUGUGAAAAUGCUGACAUUGAUGUUCAGCUCUGCAGUCACGUAUGGGCCAUUUGCUACAUGGCAGAGAGCCUUUUUCCGGAGAUAGCGAAAGUAGCUGAGCCUUGUUCAAGACGUUGUCCAGCAGGACCAAGACCAGUAAACAGGGUGGGUGCUCCUGUACUAAUGGGACAGAGCACUCCACUUUCUGCAUCGGGGUCCUACUGCUUUCAGAACAAGUAUCCGCCAUUUUGUCCAAAGCAGCAAGGUGGAAUUGGAGACAACAGAUGUUGUUUAAUAGCACCAGAAAUAGUUCCUCCCUCAACUUAAUUGUCGAUCUUCAGAUUUGACAACUCAUUUUCCUCCAACUGCUCAAUUAAAGAAAACAAAUCAGUUUAUUUAUUGUUUAUUACUAUUCGCCACUAAAUUAUUUUUCAUUGUAUUGUUCACAUUAUUGUUCAUAUUAUUCAAUAAACAUUCAUUUUUAUUUGAGGAGUCUUUGAUUCACGAGUAAUAUCAGGGAGAGUUGUUUCGAUCUGACUUACAGCUCAUCACCAUCUCAACUUUGCAUUCAGAUGACUUUAAAUGAACGUUGAAAAAUCAAUGAUCUUAAUGAAAUCACCUACGAAAACAUCGUCUUGGAUGGGCCGAUUAAAACUCAAACCUGUUUCUCAUCAAUGGAUAAUAUUGAAUCCAGGAUACAGCUGAAUACCACUGAUGAAAUGUUAGAAGGAUUCUUGUCAUUUCAGUAUGGACAAAAAUUAAAGCUUGGGUUUUAAUAACAUCAGGGAUUUCUGUUCAUGGUUCUUCAUAACAUUGGUCCUUUGGCAUGGAAAUUCCUGAAUAGGAUAUUACCAUCUGCAGUACUUCUGCGAUUUUGACAAUUACGAUUUCCCCAAGCAAGAUUUGAAUAUACUUUUUUAAAUUCCACUGUGAAAGGAUU